CGUUGGACUGCCGCGCAUUGCUGGAUGUUGUCGACAUGCGUCAUCAUCUCUCACCAUCCGUGUGCUUAGUGAUCACAAGGACUAUAUAAAGAGGCGUCCUUCUGCAAUGAGACAUCCGAAUAUAACCCAGCAAUCUCAUUUCCUCCCACCGCCACCGCCAUGCCAGCCGUCACGAAAGGAAAGGUCCUCGUCACUGGUGCGAACGGCUACAUCGCCGUUUGGGUCGUCAAAAACCUCCUUGACCAAGGAUACUCUGUUCGCGGCACCGUUCGUCGCGAGUCGUCCAUCCCGUAUCUCAAGGAUACGUUCAAGGACUACGCCGACAGACUCGAGUUUGUCGUUGUCCCGGAUAUCACAAAGGAAGGCGCGUUUGACGACGCCGUCAAGGGAGUAGAUGCGAUUGAGCAUACCGCUUCUCCCUUCUACUUGAACGCCAAGGACCCGCAGGAGCUUAUCGUUCCCGCUGUCGCAGGCACACGCACUGUGCUGCAAAGCGCGCAGCAGUACGGUGACAAUGUGCGGCGGGUGGUCAUCACUUCCUCAUGCGCGACCGUUCUCACGGGGGACGUCGUGCCACGCACGUUCAGCGAGAAGGACUGGAACGAGAAGUCGGUGAAGGAGGUCGAGACGAAGGGCACCGGCGCCCUAGGACAGGAUAUGUACCGCGCAAGCAAGACGCUCGCCGAGCGUGCCGCAUGGCAGUUUGCAGAGGACAAUAAGGGCAAGAUUAAGUUUGACGUUGUGGUGCUCAACCCGCCGUUCGUCUGGGGCCCGACCUUGCAUGAAGUUGCCAGAGCUGAGGACCUCAACACGUCCAUGCUCGACUGGUACAACACCGUCGUAAAGGGCACUAGGACUGAAGAGCAGCUCGUUAGCAUCAGUUCAUCAUGGGUCGAUGUCCGCGAUCUCGGCCUAGCCCAUGCUCUUGCUCUGCAGAAACCAGAAGCAGGUGGCGAACGUAUCAUUGUCUCUUUUGGCCCGUGGAACUGGCAAGAUUGGAUCAACUCCGCACGCAAGGUUGAGCCAUCGCUGCCGGCCGGCAAGUCCUCGUACGAUCCGAAGGAUGCAGUAUAUAUGGUCUGCUACAUCACUGAGAAGAGCGAUCGUAUUCUGGGCUUGAAGUGUCGCGGGAUGGACGAAACUGCCGCCGACAUUGUUAAAGAGUUCAAGGAGAAGGGCUGGAUUCAAUAGACCAGAAAUUGACGUCUAGAUCAAUAGUAGCAUUCGCCUGCAGCAUCAGUCGUAGUAUGCGCCUCGGAUUGCAAUGGCAUUCAGCAUGACAAAUU